AUGCACCAGCUUUACAUGCACUACGUGAGCUGCCGUGGCGAAUGGGAUCGCUGCAGCUUGGUGGUCUCCAUCCGCAAACAGACCGCCCACUCCUCUGAUGAGAUUUACGAGUGGUGGGACGAGAAAAAGAUGAAGGCCGAGUUGGGAGAGGAAUUGGCCGUGGACCUAAUGAAGCGUCAUGCUGACGCUGAGAGCAAGCUAUCGGCUGCCGAAAAAGGAAAGUUCAUCCGCGUGCACAAGGAUUUCCCUAGCAGGAAGGACCUGUGGAAGUACAAGAACUUCGCUGCCUACAUUGACAAGACAACCAAGCAGAUUACGCACAGCGCCGAACUGUCAAUGCAAGCGGAGGUGGAAGAGGAAUCCUUCCACACGGCCAUGUGGCUCUGUGAAAUUAGUCGCUUGUGCAAACCUCCUACCCUAACCGGGCUCAAAGGGGUUCAGAGCGCAAUCAGGCUACGUGGCCAUUGA